AUUUUUGUGGUAUCUAAGGAGACAAAUCACAAAAAAUUCGACUAGAAUUUUGCAAGAUUUCUACGCCAACUGGCGCUACCCCACCUCACCCCCCUCCACUCCUGCUUAUAAAGAGAAGGUGCAUUGCCACCUCUUUGCACAUAGAAAAAUCCCCUUGACUUGAGUCUUCUCCCUUGACUAUCUAUCUCUUCAAACCUCUCUCAUUUCUUGCACUCACUCUAAGCUUCACCCUCCUAAGCAAUGGCAUCCAGUUCCAUGUCCUCCCACAGCUCUGACACGUGGACUGCUAAGGACAACAAGGCCUUUGAGAGGGCUCUGGCUGUGUAUGAUAAGGACACCCCCGACCGUUGGUACAAUGUCGCCAAAGCCGUUGGUGGGAAAACUCCUGAAGAGGUGAAGAGGCGCUAUGAAGAACUCGUGGAGGAUGUCAAGCGUAUUGAGGCUGGCCGCGUGCCCUUCCCCAAAUACAAGCCAACUCAGGGAAAUGAUGAGGACAAGAGGAUGAGAAACCUGAGGCUCCACUGAAAAACAACCGCCAUGGCAGCAACAAUAAAGAAUAAAUGGCGCUGCUCUUGCUAAUAUUUGACUUUCUUGUAAUUGCAAAUGGAUCACGAAUGAGUGAUUGUAAUUUCAGUUUCAUGUCCUUCAGUUCUAGUUUAUCACCUAUUGUAGUUCCUAUUCCACCGUAAUUAUAUCAGUGCAGUGCAGUGCAAUGAAAAAUAUAUAUAAAUAAAAAUAAU